CAUCUUGAACUGAAACAAAAUCACGGGCAGAUCACGCUCGCGCUGCUCCCGUGCGUCUCUACGCUCGCGCUCUCAUACCGCGCUCGUUCACACCGCGAUCGCCCGGUUCAGCUCACGAAUAAGCCGCACUGAAGGCUCGAGGCAGAGACAGAGGCGAUGAUGGCAGGGGUCGGUGGAAGCAAUGACUUCCAGUGGUGCUUCUCCCAGGUGAAAGGAGCCAUAGACGAAGAUGUUGCAGAAGCGGACAUUAUCUCAACUGUUGAAUUUAACUAUUCUGGGGAGUUACUAGCCACAGGAGACAAAGGGGGAAGAGUCGUCAUAUUUCAGCGGGAACAGGAGAGUAAAAACCGCCCACUCUCGAGAGGGGAAUAUAACGUGUACAGCACUUUUCAGAGUCACGAACCUGAGUUUGAUUACUUGAAAAGUUUAGAAAUUGAGGAGAAGAUCAAUAAAAUCAGAUGGCUCCCGCAACAGAAUGCUGCACACUUUCUCCUCUCCACAAAUGACAAAACCAUUAAACUAUGGAAGAUCAGUGAAAGGGACAAACGAGCGGAAGGAUACAACCUUAAAGACGAAGACGGAAGACUGCGAGAUCAGUAUCGAAUCACAUCACUACGGGUUCCUGUAUUGAUGCCGAUGGACUUGAUGGUGGAAGCCAGCCCGCGCAGAAUAUUCGCAAACGCACAUACAUAUCACAUCAAUUCCAUUUCAGUAAAUAGUGAUUAUGAAACAUACCUUUCUGCAGACGACCUCAGAAUAAACCUCUGGCAUUUAGAAAUCACAGAUAGAAGUUUUAACAUUGUAGAUAUUAAGCCAGCCAAUAUGGAAGAGCUGACAGAGGUGAUUACAGCGGCCGAGUGCCACCCACACCAGUGUAACGUCUUUGUAUACAGCAGUAGUAAAGGAACCAUCCGCCUAUGUGACAUGAGGGCCGGCGCGCUCUGCGAUAGACAUAGCAAAUUUUUUGAGGAGCCAGAAGACCCCAGCAGUCGGUCGUUCUUCUCGGAAAUCAUCUCUUCCAUAUCCGACGUCAAGUUCAGCCACAGCGGCAGAUACAUGAUGACCCGGGAUUACCUCUCCGUGAAGGUCUGGGAUCUGAACAUGGAGAACCGGCCCGUAGAGACCUACCAGGUACACGAGUACCUACGUAGCAAGUUGUGCUCGCUCUACGAGAACGACUGCAUUUUCGACAAGUUUGAGUGCUGUUGGAAUGGUUCAGACAGUGCCAUUAUGACGGGUUCCUACAACAACUUCUUCAGGAUGUUUGACAGGAACACGCGCAGGGACAUCACACUGGAGGCCUCACGGGAGAACAGUAAACCCCGUGCCAUGCUCAAACCGCGCAAGGUCUGCACCGGCGGCAAACGGAAGAAAGACGAAAUCAGCGUGGAUAGCCUGGACUUCAACAAGAAGAUCCUACACACCGCCUGGCACCCGAAAGAGAACGUCAUAGCUGUGGCCGCCACCAACAACCUGUAUAUAUUCCAGGACAAAAUUAAUUAAAAAAAAUAAAUAAAUAAAAAAAAAGAGAGAGAGAGAGAGAGAGAGAGAGUGAUUUAAGAAGAGAAAACAAAAAAAACAAAAUCAAGAUAAAGAAAUAUCCCCCCCCCAAUCCCCAUUUCCCCCGGCACAGAUCGGAGGACACUCGAAAAGUCUUGUACUUUGCAAUGUUAAGCCUAGUCGUUAAAUCUGUAAGAGAAAAAUGCC